AUGUCUAAAUCCUCAGACGAUUCCGCCAAUCAAUCUGCCUCACAAGGUAUUCAUACCACUGCACUACGACGUAAGCGUGGUAAUAUCGUCGGUCACAUCACCGCGUUCGAGAAAACAAUCGAAAAAAUGCAGAAAGCCGAAAAGCGCGAUAUUAGUCUUUUGCGAGCACAUUUAGAUGGCAUGCGUGCCAUUUGGGAUCGUUUUGACGCGAUUCAAUUCGAGUUAGAAAUGCUAGACGACUCUGAGAGUCCGCGUCGUUUUGAAUUCCAUGAUCGGUACAUAGCCGUGAUUGCGCAAGCAAACCAGUUAAUCGAGGGAGGCCGUUCAUCCGCGAUUCCGCGAAGAGACACUACGGAUUCUUCAGCACCAUCUGUAACAGCCCCGAUGGCAAUCAAGUUGCCAGAAAUGCGACUCCCGACCUUCGACGGAAAUAUCGAGAACUGGACAUCGUAUUUUGAUAGUUUCUCGUCCAUGAUCGAUCAAAAUAUCGAUCUUACUUCCGUGCAGAAGUUGCAGUAUUUAAGAUCAACGCUCACGGGAAGGGCCGCCGCAUGUAUCCAGUGCUUAAGUACAACCGACGCGAACUACGCAGACGCGAUUUCUCUAUUAAAAGAAAAAUUCGAUUGUAAACGGCGUAUACUCUUAAAACAUUGCGAUGCGAUAUUGUCGAUGCCUAAGCUAACGCGAGAUACGCCAGAAGCGUUAGGGGAUUUGGUGGACACGAUUCGCCAGAAUCUCAGGUCACUCAAAAAUUUAGGCAUCGAUACAUCUUCGUGGGAUUGCAUCUUGAUAUCCGUUAUACUGUCUAAAAUUAGUGUAGACUCCGCGUGGCAGUGGGAAAUUUCUUUAAAAGAUAAUCAGAUGCCAUCGUAUCAGAAUUUAUUGGAUUUCCUAGAAAAACGCGCGAAUUGCUUGCCGUCGAUUCAACUUAAACCGUCGGCACCGAAGCAGACGAGCUAUAUUGCACCCGCGAAGCCAACUCAUAAAUACGCAACACGAGCCCACGCGUUUGUAACGUCCGCGAACGCCAAUAAUCCUAAACGGCAACGCGAUCAAACACGGAAGAUGGACCCAACAAGAUCAACCGCGUCAACCGCGUCUACCGCGACAUCCGCGUCAUCCGCGAGUCCUCCGAAAUGCGCGAUUUGCCACGGUUCGCACGGGAUCUGGAGCUGCGAGAAAUUCCACUCCCUCUCGAUCGAAUCAAGAAUCGCAGCCGCUAGGAGAGCAUCACUUUGCGAGAACUGUUUAAGGGCGGAUCAUAAUCCAGAUGUUUGCAAAAGAAGUUACUGUCGGAUUUGCAAGCAACAUCAUCAUACGUUAAUUCAUCGGCCGAAGUCAACUCCGGAUCGCGUAGGCGAAGCAUCGACGACGAAGCGCGAAUUAUUGCCGCUCGACGAGGGAGAAUUGGACGAUUGA